GUUUGCGGUUUGCAAUAUUCUCAAAAUAUUCUGUAAUGUUCUGUAAAGUGCAGUAAAGUGUAAACUGGUGUAAACUGUCGAUUGAUCUGGGAACAUUUUCUGAAUGCAUACAUUCAACAUGUCGGCAACAAUCCAAGUUUUGAUAAAUAAACAAAUGUAAACAACUUAUUAAAAAAAACAACAUAAUAAUUAAAGUGAUUAUCAAUAUGGGAGAAAAUAAUGUUUUGGCAGUUAAUCUUUUAAAUGAUACUAAAAUUUUAAACUUGACAUAUUCACCAGGAAAUACAGCUGAAGAUCUCUGCAUAAAAAUUUGUAAGUACUUGGAAAUUGGUCCAGUAGCAAGACACUUAUUUGCUUUGUGUAAUAAAUCAACAAAAAAUUGGCUUCCAUCAAAUGAAGAAAUUAAAAAAAAUGAUAAAAUAAAAUAUGAAUUUCGUUUGCGAUUUAAACCAUCAACAAUUGAAAGAUUAAAAAAAAUUGAUAUUAAAGCAUAUGAUUAUUAUUUUCAUCAAGCAAAACAUGAUGUAUUGGAAAAUCGUGUACCAGAUAUUAUUUAUGAAAAUUAUAGACAUGAAUUAAUUGGUCUUGGUGUAUGUGAUAUGUAUCGUGCAAUGUUAGAAAAGAAAUUAACACGUGAUGUUGUUGAAUCAAAUUAUAAAAAAUAUAUACCACGUGAAUGUAUUAAAAAACAUUCAUUUUUUAUUAAAAAACCAAUACGUAAUGCAUUAGAAAAUUUAGCAUGUGAUCCAUUAGGUCAUAGUGUAUCAUUUGUUACAGAAGAAUAUUUAAAUCAAUUUAAAUCAAUGGCACCAAAUUAUCCAUAUGAAGAAUACAAUGCAAUACUUGAUAAAGGUUUACCAAAACCUCAAAAUAUAAAAUUACGUAUUAAUUCAGAAGAAUUAUGUUAUAUUGAAAUUGGAAAACAAAAAAAUGAUAAAACAAAUGAUAAUAUUAAUAAAAAAGAUGAUGAUAAAUGGUAUAAAUUAUGUACAAUUGAAGAAUUAUGUUUUAUAUCAAUUAGAAAAGAUUGUACAGUUGAAAUAUCAAAAAAAAAUGGUAUACCAUCGUAUCUUAAAUUUCCUUCAAAUUCAUCAUUAUUAUCAUUUGUAUCAGCACUUGAUGGUUAUUAUCGUUUAUCAAUAAAAUGGACAUUUAAUUUAUGUCGUGAUGUUGUUACACCAAGUUUAGAACGUUUACAUAAAUUAAAAUGUCAUGGUCCAGUUAAUGGUGAAUUUUCAUAUUUAAAAAUUAAAGAAAAACGUUCAAAUAAACCUGGUACAUAUAUAUUACGUGAAUGUGAUAAAAAAUAUAAUGUUUAUUAUAUUGAUGUUUGUGGUAAUGAUUCAAAACCAAAAACUUAUAAAAUUGAACAAAUAUGUGAUGAUGAAUUUAUACUUGCUGAUUGUGUUAAAACAUUUAAAUCAUUAACACAAUUAGUACUAUCACAUAAUGAUCCAAAUGGUAACUUAUAUUUAUCUGAAUGUAUACCACCAUCUGAAUAUGAUAAAUCAUCAUUAUUAAUAUGUGCAAAUAUAAAAUGUAAUAGUGAUGUUGCUGCUGAUGAAGAAAUAAUAAGUGAAUUAUUAGAUAAUGGUCCAAGUUGUAUAUCACCAUUACAAUUACAAAUAUAUAAAGCUCAGCCAUUUAUUAAAAUUGAUAAUUUUGGUAAUCCAUGUGAAUCAAUGACAUCACUAUAUCGUACAAUGUGGAGAAUAAAAAAAGGUAAAAAAUUAGAAGCAGCAAUUAAAGUAUUAAAAGAUGAAUAUAAUCAAUAUACAAGAGAAUUUUUAGAAUUAGCUGGUAAAUGGGCACAUUUACGUUCUGGUGCACUUGUUAGAUUAUUUGGUUUAACAGUAUCACCAGCUGUUGGUAUGGUUAUGGAAUUAGUUAAACUUGGUCCAUUAGAUGUUUAUUUAAGAAAUAAUUCACCACAAACAAUUAAAACUGUUGAUAUGGUUGAAGCAUCAGCAUGUCUUGCAACUGCACUUUGGCAUUUAGAAGAAAGUGGUAUUGUACAUGGUAAUAUAAGAUGUAGAAAAUUAUUAGUACAUGCACAUACUGAUAAUAGAUUAACAGUUAAAUUAGCUGAUCCAGGAUUAUUUCGUUAUACUAAUUCUGAUAUACAUUGGAUACCACCAGAAUGUUAUGCUAAUAAUGAACUUGCAAGACGUAGUACAAGAGCUGAUGUAUGGGCAUUAGGUACAACAAUGUGGCAAAUAUUUUCAAGAGGUGCAUUAUUACCACCAUGUAAAGAUAUUGAUGCUGUUAAAAAAUUUUAUUCAAAUGGUAAAAGAUUAUCAAUACCAAUUAAUUGUCCAAUUGAAAUUUAUCAAUUAAUGCUUGAAUGUUGGGGUGAAUAUAGUGGUCCAAAAAAACAACCACAAGCAAUUAUGCGUGAUAUUAAUCAAAUAUUAUAUCAAGUUUAUAAUUCAAGAAGAAAACAUGCAUAUGCAACAGCAUGUCCAAAAUUAUUUAAUGAAAUUCAUAUUGAUAGUGAUACAAGUGAUAAUAUUUCAUUAUCUGAUAAUGAAUCAAAAGCAAGUAGUUUAUAUACUGAUAGAACAAGUUUACCUUGGGAUGAUAAUGAUGAUAGUAUUGAUCAUUUUUCAAGAUUUUCUGAAACAGAUCAUGAUGCUGAAGCUGAACUUAAUGCUUAUUUACGUUCAUUAGAUAAUGGACGUGCUGGUGAUGGUUUAUCAGCAUUAAGACCAUUACUUGAUAGUGAUAAUGAUACUUGUAAUAAUACCAGUGGACCACUUGGACAAAUGCAAGGAAUAUUUGAACUUGAUGCUGAUUGUAAUGUUAUAUUACAGGGUAGAAUUGGACAAGGUUUUUAUGGUGAAGUUUAUAGAGGUACACUUGAACGUGAUAAAGAUUGUGAACCACAACAAGUUGCUGUUAAAAAAUUAAAAACACGUGCACUUGAAUCUGAUUUACGUGAUUUUGAACGUGAAAUUGAAAUUAUGAAAACAUUAAAACAUCCAAAUGUUGUUGAAAUAAUGGGUGUUAUUUCAGAACCAGAAGUAUGUUUAGUUAUGGAAUUUGUAAAACAUGGAUCAUUACAAAGUUAUUUAGCAAUACAUCGUGAAACAUUAACACAUAAAUGUUUAUUAGGUUUUGCACUUGAUAUUGCAACUGGUAUGGAAUAUCUUGGACGUAAAAAUAUUGUACAUCGUGAUUUAGCAGCAAGAAAUAUACUUGUUGCUGAUGAAAAUCAUGUUAAAUUAAGUGAUUUUGGUCUUGCACAAGUUACUGGUAAUAAUGAUUAUUAUAUAUUACAAACAAAUCGUGAUUUACCAAUAAAAUGGUAUGCACCAGAAAGUUUAAGAGAUGGUAGAUUUUCAUCAAGAACAGAUGUAUGGUCAUUUGGUGUAACAAUGUAUGAAACAUUUGGACUAGGUGAAGAUCCAAAAUUACCAUACAACGAUGGUGAUAAUAGAAAUGAUGAAGAGGGUAGUAAAUAUUUACUUGAUGAACUUGAAAGUGGAAGAAGACUUCCAUGUCCAAUUAAUUGUCCACAAACUAUUUACAUUAAAUUAAUGUAUUCAUGUUGGCAUUGGGACAGUCGUUUAAGACCAAAUUUUACAUCUUUAUGCAAAGACAUCAAUGAUUUACUUGAACAAUAUUAAUUUAAUUAAAUUUUUUUUUUUUUGCAAAUAUGUAUUUGUAAAUAAUGUUUUUUUUAUUAACAAUUUGAGACAAAUAAUUUUUAUUUUUAUCUGAUCAGCUAUUUUUUUAAUUAUAUUUUAUUAUUCAAUGUUGAAAUAUUACGGAGAUGGGAUAGACUUAAAGUUUGCCCCCAUCAUAGUAUUGUUUAAAUAAUAAAACGAAAUGUGUAUCAAUUAAUUAUGUAUAUGUAAUAAAAUAAAUAGUUUUAAUACUUUUUAAUGUAAGUCAAGA